CCCGGCGUUGUGAUGCUCCGUGCUGCUGCCUGCAGCUGAUGCUGUGUGUUCAGCGGUGGGAUGGGAAAACUGCAGAGUAAGAUCAGCUUGCACACGGCCACGUACGGGGCUGAUGGCUCCAUGGGAAGGCCAGGACGUGGUGCGGUGGUGGAGCUGCACAGCCCUGCACACAGCGAUGCUGUCACCUGCGUGGCUGCUGUCAGACCAGAGCUCUGCGUGUCAGGAGGAAAGGAUAAGAGUGUGGCUGUCUGUAACUGGAGGUCCGGAGCUGUGCUGGGGCGCUUCAUCAGCCAUGAGCACGAGGUCACCAAGGUCACCUGCACCCAUGAUUCCAACAGAGCCUUCAGUGCAUCCCGGGACAGAACAGUAAUGAUGUGGGAGCUCCACGGGACCUCAGGGCCAAGGCAGUUCUUCCCAGGCCAUGAGCUGGUUGUUACUGGGCUGGCUGUGAGCCCGGAUGCGUCGCGGCUGUGCACAGGUUCACGAGACAACACCAUUCGCAAAUGGGAUGUGGAGACCGGAGAGUGUCUGUGCAGAGCUGCUCUCUCCAGGAACCUGGUAACACAUCUGUGCUGGGUCCCUGGGGAGCCCUACGUCAUCCAGACAUCAGAGGAUAAAACCAUCAGGAUGUGGGACAGCCGGGAGCUGCAGGUGGCACACACAUUCCCAGGCAAGCAGCACAUCCAGACAAGCUGUGAUGUGAGCCAGGAUGGGCGAUACUGUGUCAGCAGCAGCAGCGGAUUUUCUGGGGAGGGCUGCGAAGCAACACUGUGGGACCUACGGCAGACCAGGAGCCGAGUGUGUGAGUACAGAGGGCAUCUGCAAACCACAGCCUCAUGUGUGUUCCUCCCACGGGGUCCUGCUCUCACCCCCAGCAUUGCCACAUCUUCAUACGACAGCAAAGUGAAGAUCUGGGACCGGGACACUGCAGCCUGCCUUGCCACUGCAUGCCUCGAGGGAGCUGGACCGCUGGUCUCACUGGCUGCCUGCGACAGCUCCACGCUGCUCUGCGCCAGCUUUCGCUCAGGGAUCCACGUGCUGCAGCUGAGGCACCGUGAGGAGCUGGAGCUGGAGAAGGUGGCAGUAUUUUGACCACAG